CCCCCGCGCCUGCAGCUGCUGCGCUAACGCACAAAGGCAGGAUUUCCAGUGAGGAGGAGAAUGGGAGCCUGGCUGCAGCAUCUCCUUCGCCGCUACAGCAGCAGAGUGGAAGAAGCGGAGAGUUUUGCUCCCUGGAAAACUGGAUUCUGAAUCGUGAGAGGCUUUGAACUCCACCCCCCCAAUAAAAAAAACAAAAAAACACAAAAACACACAAAAAAACCCAAACCCUUUGACUUCUUCUCUCAGCAGGAGGGGGAGGGAGGGCGGAUUUACCAUGAAGACAAAUCGAAGAUGCAGAGCCCUGCUAGCAGUGAGUCUGAAUCUGAUGGCUCUCCUCUUCUCUACGACAGCUUUUAUCACGACCCACUGGUGCGAGGGCACACAGAGGGUCCCCAAGCCGAGCUGCGGGAAAGAGAAGAAGACGAACUGCCUCAACUACAGUGGCAAUGAGACUGCCAAUGAGACAAACCAGAACGUGGUUCACUACAGCUGGGAGACGGGAGAUGACCGCUUCCUCUUCAGGUAUUUCCACACCGGAAUCUGGUACUCCUGUGAGGAAAAUAUCAAUGCUGCCGGUGAAAAAUGUCGAAGCUUUAUUGACCUUGCCCCAGCUUCUGAAAAAGGUGUCCUGUGGCUGUCAGUAGUGUCUGAGGUGUUGUACAUCAUGCUGUUAGUCGUUGGAUUCAGCCUUAUGUGCCUAGAGCUCUUUCAUUCAAGCAGUGUGAUAGAUGGGCUCAAGUUAAAUGCCUUUGCUGCUGUCUUCACUGUACUUUCAGGUCUCUUGGGGAUGGUGGCACACAUGAUGUAUACUCAAGUUUUCCAAGUGACAGUCAGCCUUGGACCAGAGGACUGGAGACCACAUUCAUGGGAUUAUGGAUGGUCCUUCUGUCUGGCAUGGGGUUCUUUCACCUGCUGCAUGGCGGCCUCCGUUACUACCUUGAACUCUUACACUAAGACUGUCAUUGAGUUCAGACACAAGCGCAAAAUCUUUGAGCAGGGCUUUCGAGAAGAGCAGAACUUCCUAGACCAGGAAGCCAUCAAGUACUUCAGAGAAAGGUCAGUGCAGUCAGUCUCUCGGUCAGUGGAGGCUUUUGUGGUCUCUACUAGUCUCAGAAAAUCCAGACUCUCACCCAUUUCAGCAGAUAUGGGUGAAGUCUCUGAGAUACUUGGAGAUGUGUGUUAAAGAGAAACACGAAAGUUCCUACUGGAUUUGUUUUUUCUUAAAUUUUGUGAUGUGCCAGUGCCUGCCAUUUCUUAUAUACUCAUUAAAACCACAAG